AUGCCUGCUCCGCCCAAGCAGCGUAAGGUCGCCAUCGUCGGCAGCCGCUCAGUCGGCAAGUCAUCUCUCGCAGUGCAGUUCGUCGACGGGCACUUUGUCGAGAGCUACUACCCGACGAUCGAGAAUACGUUCAGCAAGGUGAUCCGGUACAAGGGGCAGGACUACGCGACCGAGAUUGUCGACACGGCGGGCCAGGAUGAGUACAGCAUCCUCAACUCGAAGCACUUCAUCGGCAUCCACGGGUACAUGCUCACGUACUCGGUCUCGUCCCUCCCGUCCUUUGAGAUGGUCCAGGUCAUCCACGAUAAGAUCCUCAACCACCUGGGAACCGACUGGGUACCCAUCGUCAUUGUCGGCAACAAGAGCGACCUGCGCCCUGAGCAGCGCCAGGUCAGCCAGGAGGACGGCCGCAAGCUCGCCGAGAAGAUCAACUGCGGCUGGACCGAGGCCUCGGCGCGGUACAACGAGAACGUCGGCAAGGCGUUUGAGCUGCUCAUUGCGCAGAUCGAAAAGUCGCAGAACCCCAACGAGGCGCCGGCAGGCGGCAAGUGCGACAUCAUGUGA